GCAAUUUUUUAUGUUAACUUGUUCGGUUGAUAAAAAAUCGGUUUAACGAUUUCGAAAAUGAAAAAAAACAUAAAACUCGAAGCUCCAGAUGGUGGUUGGGGCUAUCUUGUUUGCAUUGGAAUGUCUAUGCCAUUCACAUGCAUCCUUGGAAAUUUCCCAUCUUUCGGUUUGAUCUUCGGUGACUUCCUGAAAAGUAUUGGAGCUGAAACAAGUGCCAUAGCUUUCAUAACAAGUGCCUUCUUUUGUUCGUUAAGUUUUGCCGGACUUUUUGCAAAUAAUCUCUUCAAAAGAUUCUCCAUUCGGACUGUUGGAAUUGUUGGCGGUGUACUCUAUUUCAUGGGAUCUGUGAUGCAAAUUUAUGUCAAAAGUACUGUUCAACUUACAGUGGCUUAUAGCUUAUUUCAGGGUAUUGCUGCUGGAUUAAUAAUACCAUCAUGCUACACAAUCUUCAAUAGUUAUUUUGUUAAAAAACGUGUUUUUGUGAUGAGCUUAACUCAAACACUCAUCGGAAUUGGAACCAUGUUGUAUCCGGUUAUUGUUCAAAAACUCAUUGAUUGGUAUGGAUUUAGAGGGUGUUUGUUGGUUCUUGCGGCCAUAAAUAGCCAUGCAAUAUUAGGAAUGAUUCUAUUGCAGCCAGUAGAGUGGCAUAUGAAAAAAGUUGAGGUUAACGAUGAAGAGAUUGAGGAAGAUCGUACAGAGCCUUUAAUGAGCGCAGAAGAACGUCGCCAGGAACCACAAGAUACCUUAAAUGUUCAACCAAAUGAAAGUCUUGCAACUCGAAUGGGAAGUAUUGUCAGCUUAGGUAAUUGGAAUGGACCGAUUGCUUUGAGUGGAGCAUCUGUGGAAUUUCAACCAUUUCCGAAUAAACCAACACUUUGGCAAGCUAUUGUUGACUUUCUUGACUUAUCUCUUCUAAAAGAUCCAAUUUAUUUAAAUAUUGUUUUGGGAAUGUCAUUUUGCUUAUACUCAGAUAUGGCUUUUUUCACUUUGCAACCGUUGUAUCUUUUUGAAUUGAAAUAUACUAAGACGGAAACUGCUAACAUUAUCGCAAUUGGAGCUGCUGCUGAUAUGAUAUCACGUGUUGUUAUAGCAGUUAGCGCUAUUUUUGUCCCAGUUUCAUCGCGUUUUAUUUAUGUGGCUGGAGCAUUUUUUACUUUUAUCGCAAGAUUUGCUUUUUUGGAAGUAUUUGAUUUUACUCGUAUGGCCAUAAUAACUGCAAUAUUGGGUUUCUUGCGCACAUGGUUCCAUGUAACAAUGUCGUUGGUAGUUGCAGAACAUCUUCCUAUGAAGCGUUUUGCAUCGGGUUAUGGAUUAUUUAUGUUUCUUCAGGGAAAUAUAAUGUUUUUAAUAGGUCCAAUUGUGGGUUAUGUACGUGAUAGAACUCAGGAUUAUGCUCUAACAUUUCAUUGUUUGAACUUUUUUAUGGCUCUUUGUGUAUUUCCAUGGAUAAUGGAAAUGAUUUAUGUUAAAUGUCGUAAGCAAAAUAAAAGUGCAGAUCAUGACCUUAAUUAAAUAAAUUAACUU